AUGACGCGGUCCUCUGCCUCGACCUGUCCUCGCCGCGGGCUGCGGAGGCUCGGUGCGCCGGCUGGUUUGCUUCUCGGCACCAGCAGCCAGACGGAGGUCGGGUGGAGUUUCUGUGAGGCCGUUUCGUUUGGUAAGAAGAAAGUGCAGGUCGGUGCUGGGAGCAGCACGAACCGCGCGGGCUCGGGCUCUCCCGCCGAGGGGCGCAGGGCUUCCACACAUAACGCCGAUUCCCCGCCACCGGGUCCGCGUCCGCGUGCCGUGGACAACUGGGCCUUCGAUUCUCCGCCACAGAAGGCCGCCGCGCGUCCAAAUUCACCGCCUCCCGGACCCAGGGGAGCAGCUGGUAUUGGCGAUCUUUCACCGGGCUCUCCGCCUCCCGGCCCACGCGCCGCAGCAAGAAGUGCCUUUACCCCGCCUGCCUCAACGCAAGGAGCACGAGUGCCCGUCACUAGUGGCGGAGGGCGCGGUCGGCAGCGGCAGCGCGGCCUCCUCACAGAAGGUGGUUUUCCAAAUGAGUUAGGUAUCCAAAUGGAAAAACUAGAAAAAACGCACGCCCAUUGGCGAGCCAACAUUGGUAUACUUAUGCAUGAGAAGUAGUUCAUAAAUAUUUGACUUCUACCACCCGCAUACGCAUUGUAUCAUGUUAUGCUUAUGGCCAUCAGAGUACACAAUUGCCUCCACCUCUAGCACUAGAUGGUAGCCAUUUAUUGCUGUUACUACUGUGCACGACCUUGCCUGGCCCUGGAAAGAGGGCGACAGCCUUUUUUGUGUGGCGUUACUUCUGAUGUGUGAAAUAUAGAAUCUUGAGGGUGGCUGCAGUACAGAGAAGGCAGUUUUUUCUAUUUUAGAUCUAGCGUUGGCAGAAAUUCUUUCUCUAAUGCGUGAGCAAAGGCGUGAAUGUGAACUACAGAAGGCGUCUGCAGAUUACAGAAAAAACGAUAUAGCUGAUCUAGGUGGGUGCGUUUGAGUUCAGCAUAUCGGACACGGGAUCUCUUGACGAGGAUGAAUUUUACAGGACCCAGAUGUACAAAUCGAAAAUUUGUCAAUGUCGGCAAUUAGAUUUAGAUGCUAUUGCCAUGCAUGAUCUUUUUCGUGGCUCAUUCAUUUUGUCGCAGGUUGCCUGACAGACCACACCCACGGCCGCCGUGGCAAUUGUAAGCGUUUUCUCUGUUUAUAUAUUUCGAAAGCUAAUAUGUGUUGCCGCCUGGGUAAUAUCUCUGUAAGUGUAUAGAAGUACGAGAACCACGCGGCCUCUCUGUGGGGGAUGAGCCUAUGCCCUUGCGGAGAUGAGGGUGGGCAUAUGUAUUGGAUCUACAUCAAAACCACCCUCGCUCUGCUUUACGCAGCUACCCUGCCGGCCCAGCUCAACUCCAGAGAGGUUUCUUGGAUGUUGCUGCUGCUGCUGCUGCAAAGCGGCAGCGCGGGUGGUGGUCGGCCGUAUUUCAUGCAAAAGCUUUAUUGGUGCUGACAUUUGCCUUUGUGGUGCAUAACAUUUAUAACAUCGCCGGGGAUGAUACCCAACACAGCCGCAUGCGCCUUGUCUACAACCUACGCUGCGUAUGAAUCAUCCCAGCAGCACGCAUCAAGGGCACAUCAAAGAGUCUGAAGUACGCCCGCAAGUUAGAGUUUGCUUGGAUAAACAAAAAGCGCCUGCACUCGCAAACCGUUUUUGUUGCCUGUAAAGUGCAUCGGCCGCGAAGGGUGUCAACAAACGUAGCGAUAGGCAUUCGAGCACUUCUUGUUAUACUCUCUUUGCCCUAACACUUAUCCAUUACAGUUCCUGCUCUUCCUCAAUGAUUAUAUGCAUUUGAUACAACGGAAUCGUCCGUGCAGAACUCAAAGUACGAAAUUUCUAUGAUCUGGAGCCGCCGAGGCCGAGAAAAUAGAAGUAUUAGAUGCGCGUGCAAAUAAAGCCGAAGGCGAUUGAUGUGCCUUUUCUUCAGCUCCGCUGAAGAAAUUGUCUAUUAGCUGGUAAUGGGUACUCUGGGAUGUUGUUUUUUUCCAAGCGAUGCCAAACUUAUUUUGCGAAUGCGAACGCGUACGCUUUUGGGCAAUUGGAUUUGGAACCCUACCUCAGAGAUCAUAACUUCGCCCCGCCUGAUUUUGAACCGGACGCCGUCCGAAUCCAAAUCGCGAACGUUCGCGCAUUGCAGAGUGCCGGAAGAAACCUCGGAGUGCAGGAAGAAACCCCGGGGGAGCAUCGAGAGGAAGAAACCUUGGAACAACAGCAGCAAACGCGCGAGCGAGGACUCGAGAGGGACUACGUAGUGCUGCGCGAUCUCUACACCGCCUUCACUACUUGGUUUCCGUCGAUUGACACGCGUACGUGGCGGGACCAGACAGUUCUGUAACCCAUGCGACAAGGUGUGUGUUCCUUAACGCUGUACCAACUGGCGCAGAAUAGAAUGUUGGCCAAUUGUUGACGAUAUUGGGACGGACAGGGUUUUUGAAAAAGCAGCGCUCCCUUUCGAGAGCACGCGCGGGCAUUGCGGGAGCCAGAGCUCGUUUUGGCAUUGCAAAUUAGGCCCACCGUUGUGCCCCGCAGCGCACUCCCAUGGUUCCCCGCGAUAGAGCUCGCCUUGGUGUGGCACCAAAACAAGCUACGCCCAUACGGCGGCACAGCUCUGGAGAGAGCUUUGAGUGGCCUGGUGUGGGUUUUGGAAUGAAGAUCGUCAAGUUGGAAUUGCGGUCAGCGAUUUGAAAUGGAGAUCGCCCAUUUGAAAUGCCGAUCAGGCAUUUGAAAUGGCGAUCAUCAAUUUGAAAUCGCGAUCACCAAUUUGAAAUCGCGAUCACCAAUUUGAAAUCGCGAUCAUCAAUUUGAAAUCGCGAUCAUCAAUUUGAAAUCGCGAUCAGUGGGUCUGGCCCAAUUUGGAACGAAGAUCAUGGUCUUCGGCUCAAUUUGAAAUGGAGGUCAGAAAAAGGUCCGAAUUAGGUCAGAAUUAGGUCAGAAAUCCCGUCCCUAUAUUACAUUCUGGAUUUCUGACCUAAUUCGGACCUGUUUAUGACCUUCAUUUGAAAUUGAAAAGCUUGGCGUCAAAAUCUGAAAAGUUGCGUCAUCACAGAAGCGCUUUUUUUCUCUUCGGGACUCUCUCCUUGCUCGUUCGGUCGGUCUCGAAUUUUGCUUACUGGGUGGGCGCCUGGCACUGGCGAAAAUUUUCGCUCGGCGGCCCUUCGGGCCGCCAACGUUCUUCCUCUCUACCUUUGCAAUCUACAUCUGCCAGCUUUCUGUGCUGCUACCUGGUGGCCCUUAAAAGCCGGCAGUCGCCGGCCUUUCAUUCCCCUGGGUCGCUCUAAGUAGAUGUGAAAAGGAACGCCCCGGGCAAUGGUGUGGGGGAUGAUGGCCGUACUUUCUUGCGACAGUUCUGUGACCCAUGCGACAAGGUGUGUGUUCUUAUCGUACCUGCCUAGCACAUGGUAUGGCGUUUUCAACUGUUACAUUCUCAAGUGUUACGUGAAUUUGUGAUGGAAGAAUGGCACAAGUGAUAGGAGAGAUCUUGCGCGUCUUGCAUGACACAUCUGGCGCCGAUUAUCGUCCUGCUUGGCCCUCUGAGAAUUUGUCAUGCGAAGCAGCUUGAUGGUGUAGAUUCUGAAGGCAAUUCUGCAUGACAAAUCAUGUAACAGUUCAGAAUGUAACGUUUGAGAACGCCAUACAUGGAUGACAGUCGCAGUGGCUGAGACCUACUGCUACACCUAUAUAACUAUGAACAUGUGAAGAAAUCUCUGCGCCACCCUGUGACGAGGGCGACCAACAUAAGUAUCCAAAAAACAAUACACAAGUCGCAUUGGAUAUUCUGGCACCCAUGUGGAAGAACCUGAGCGCGCUCUUCGAUCGUCGUGUAGUAUGGGCUUCUCAAACGUUACAUUCUCAGCUGCUUACAUGAAUUUGUGACGCAAGAACAGCAAAUGCAAAAGCCAAAGCCGAAAUGGGAGGGGCUUCAUGCAGCUGUCGCACCAAAAACUUGCCACAGGUUUCCAUGUUGUUUGGCCCUUCGGGUAUUUGUGACGCGAAGUAGGUUGAUCGUGUGGCGGCUUCUGGAAAUUUUGCCUGGCGCAUCAUGUAGCACUUGGGAGUGUAACGGCUGAAAACCCCAUAAGGGCCAGGACGCGAAUAUACAGCUGCACGACUGUACGACAUCAGAAAAGCAUGCCCAUGCCCUCUGCAGCUGCUGCUGCACAAAAAGUAUUGCGCGGCGCAUUCUUUUGUGAGAUGUUUGCGAAGCUACAAUUAUAUGACAGCGACAAUGCCGGGAGGCAGUGCUGUCGCCCCUUUUGUCCUUUCAUCUGCUUUCCGCAUUGUCAGGGCGAAUUUCUUUACCGCCCUAGGGGCAUGCCUUCUUAUUAACUGGAACACACAUAAUGUGCGGUAA